GAUCUGAGGGGAUCUUAUAUGAAAACGAAAGUCUCACAGUAAUAGUGGAUGGUGCCCGGGACAUCACUGGCUGGAGCUGGACUUCACUGUAACCUAAAACCUCAAGAUUUUUAUCCUUCUUCCUGAAACAGAAACCAGAAACUAGAAGCUUUUCGAUUGGUUGAGCAGAGCCGUCACCAUGACGACUAGCUGACUUUAGGAUUUCAAGCUGAAACAUGCCAGCAUUAGCAAUGGAUCUUCUUCAUCGAGUGAAGAGAGGGGUUGAGGUCGUUGCUACGACAGCAGGUUCUGUUGCUAAGGAGGCGGUGAAUAAUGCAGUUGCUGAUGGAGGGGCCUCACCAGGGCCCACAACUGCAGUCCCAGACGGGGGAUCAGGAACCACUACUGCGUCUCCCAAGGGGAUAAACAAACUCAAAAACCUUGUAACCGAGGAACUAAACAAAUUGGGUAUUCCAAUGUGGGCUCUCAUUGCCAUAGGAGUGGCUUGCCUCCUGGUUUUGUUGUGUUGUUGUUAUUGUAUAUGUAAAAGAUGUAUUUGUAAAAAACGCAAAAGUAAGGACGGGAAGAAGGGCCUGAAGGCUAACUUAAAGCCGGGACUCGAAUUUGCCCUGAAGAAAGAAAACAUUCAGCCAGAUCUAGAGGAACUUGAGGUCAAUAUGGAACAAGAUGAUGACAACGAGAGCACAAAGUCCGAGGUCAAACUCGGCAAGCUCCAGUUCCAGUUAGACUACGACUUCACAAAGAACGAGUUGACAGUGGGGGUGAUACAGGCCGCCGAUUUACCAGGGAUGGACAUGUCUGGAACCUCCGACCCCUAUGUCAAAGUUUACCUCCUACCUGACAAAAAGAAAAAAUUCGAAACUAAAGUUCACCGCAAAACUCUCAACCCUGUUUUUAAUGAAACAUUUACAUUUAAGAAUGUCCCAUAUGCAGAAAUAGGAGGAAAAACACUGGUAUUUGCAAUCUACGACUUUGACCGAUUUUCCAAACACGAUCAGAUUGGACAGGUGAAGAUUCCCCUGAACACUGUAGACCUGUGUCAGGUGAUUGAGGAAUGGCGGGACUUGAUCAGCCCCGACAACGAUGCCGAAAAGGAGAACAAACUUGGAGAUAUUUGUUUCUCCCUGCGGUACGUUCCUACAGCUGGUAAACUGACAGUCGUCAUACUGGAAGCCAAAAAUCUCAAGAAGAUGGAUGUUGGUGGUCUCUCAGAUCCGUAUGUGAAAAUAGCCCUAUAUCAGGGCAACAAACGCCUGAAGAAAAAGAAAACGACCAUUAAGAAAAAUACCCUGAACCCCUACUUUAACGAGUCCUUCUCGUUUGAGGUUCCCUUUGAGCAGAUUCAGAAAGUCCAGCUGUAUGUGACGGUCGUGGACUAUGACAGAAUAGGAACCUCAGAACCAAUCGGGCGUGUCGUCCUGGGAUGCAACUCAAGCGGAACAGAGCUUCGCCACUGGAGUGACAUGCUGGCCAACCCGCGCCGCCCCAUCGCCCAGUGGCACACUCUUCAGGAAGUACCGGAGAAAAGUUAAAAAAAAACCUUAGGACAAAAGCAGCGACAGAGUUCUCUACCCUUGUAACUGACUCUUCAUUGUUAUGGCGCUGUUAUUGAGGUCACUUUUUCUUAAUGUAGCAUAGAUGUUAAAAUAUUUCGAUGAAUAUCAAUCAUAAGUGAUUUUAAAAUUGGAUGCUUCUUUUUUUGGAAUUUGAGAUCUGUUCUGAAAACAAAGGAAGAACAACUCUUCCAAAUUUUCGUGCAAUAUCACACCAUAAACUGACCCAUAUAUUGUGUGUGUAUAUCCUGAUAUGUAAAUUCCAUUAUUUAAACUCAGUAGAUACUGAGGUACUGUUAACAUGAAGAAAUGUAAACUAUUAAAAAAAUAUGAGUAAUUCUUAUAAUCCAUUUGUUGUAAAGGUAUUUAGUUUUGAAUUACUGAAGUGUAUGGGAAUCUGUUUUACACACAGAUCUAUACAACAAAGAUGUCCUAAAGUCUAUGAAUUAGUGUUGUUGGGGGAGGUCAAGGUUACUGGUUUUAGUAGUUUUAUCAUCAGGUUGUUGAAUUGUAGAUCCGGUUUAUGAAUAUGUUCUGUGAUAGUUGGUAAUUUUUAGCGAAAUGAAUCUUUUUCUCAAGAGUCACUCAAUUGUAUUUUCUUGCCAGUUAUCCCUGGCUGUAUUGAUAUUUAUAUACUGUGUUACUUUUGAAAUAAUUGUAAAGAAAAUCAAAGACUUUUUCUCUUUGCUGCAUUUUCUAUGUGUUUUUAUAAGUUGAAAAGAGAAAACAGUACUUAAAAACUGAUGUGUCAAAACUUGAUUUUUUUUUCACAUUUUGGAUAAGAUUAAUCAGUGCUUGAACUUUACACGUUAUUGAUUAAUGAUCAGCUGUGUUAGAAUCUCACCAAUAACUUCACUUGAAGAUAUGACCAUUUUUUGUCGACAUUAAAGCAGGAUGAGUUUCUCUGGACACUGGAAGAUGACCAACUUGUGGUCAUUUCAGAAGGAGACAGCAUUUUCUCUGGAUUGCAGAGAUUACCAUUUCUAUAUUCGAUAUAGGAUGGUGGCUCUAUUUGGACAUUGAGAGAUGAACAUUUCUGCAGUCAUUCUAGGAGACAACUUUCUUUGGACAUUAAGCGUUGAUCUUGUGUUUUAGCUGUAAAUCAUUCUGUCUCAUUGCUGUACAUACAGGCAUUCCUAUCAGUACAUUCCAUCAUUUACACAAAAACAAACGUCUAAUUCAGGAAAUCCAAUAAUUGUUUAGCUUUACAAGAAAGAAUGGCAUUUAUUGUGAAGUAUAGGUUGUUUGAAAAUAUUUUUAAUUUUUGUAUAUUACUUUUAUUAUUUAUAACAUUUUGAACAAGUAUUUACAAGGAAAUCUCUAACUUUGAAUUCCAGCUUGAUGCCUGUUUUUUAUGGUAGAAUCUCGGAGAAAGGACAUUGUCAUUGAAUGCACAUCAAAAAUCAGGGAUUGUUUUCCCUGAACAAGAGUUAAUACUUUUGUUGUUAUUGUUGAAGUUUGUUUUGUUUAAAUUCUUGUUUAUUCAUCAUAUAGGACUCAACCACAGGUCUACCAUGUAAUGCAUGCAAUGCAAUGUAAGAAACAGUAACCAUAGUCUAUUUUAAUUUGUAAAGGUCAAAGGGCAUGUCCCAGAUUGUUCUUUUAAACAGUGGUGUUACUUCAAUGUAGUAAUAUCUCCAUAGAAACUCACAUUCGAUUUCAGACUUGUCGCAAAUCUGUGUCAAUUAUUAGAUCUUCUGUAGUAAGUGGUUCAAUAAAAUUUGUGUCUGAAAAUUUUAA